AGUGACAGGCCUGCAUUAGAUUGAAAGAAACAAGAUAGCACUGAGUGGUGAUGUUAUCUGUACAGGGAAAAACAAAAGAAGGCCUUUAGGUACAUGGUGAUCGAAGCAGAUGCUGUGACUAACAUCAAAGACGACGCUUCAUAAAUGGGAUUCAUGCAGAUAGACAACGGAAAGUAGUAUGGUAAAAAGAUGACAGCAAAUGGAAAUGUUAGGAAAAACUAGUUUUAAAGCCUGGAAACAUUAUGGGAAAAUGCACUCAAAAGUCAGAAGUUAUUGCUGAUUCAAUAUAGAGCAUGUUGAUUGAUCAGCUCAUGGAUCCUCUCUGAGACUGUGCGAGAGAGAGAGAGGGAGGAGCAAAGAAUAAAGUAUUAGACAGUCAUACAAGACAAGUUUAGAGGAAACACCUGGAACGAUAGAUUGGGGAGGUGACACUGGAGGUGACACUGCCAAGAGAGGACAAACCUUACCCUUCUUUCAUCUGAGUCUUCCUGUUGUGGAGGAUGAGUGCUGUCUUUGCUAAACUGGACCCCAGGAGAAUUGAGUGGGAGUCGUCCUGGUAUGGACUCCACUCACGAAUCCUGCGCACUAAACCUGUGGACUCCAUGCUGGAUGGCCCAGAUGACCUGCAUGGCACCAGACUUGCCCGUGUGCUCACUACAGUGGAUCUGGUGUCUCUUGGGGUGGGCAGCUGCGUGGGCACUGGCAUGUAUGUGGUUGCUGGGCUUGUUGCUAAGGAAAUGGCAGGACCUGGAGUGAUCUUGUCCUUCAUCAUUGCAGCUGUGGCGUCCAUUCUAUCAGGGGUCUGCUAUGCUGAGUUUGGAGUGAGAGUGCCCAAGACAACAGGCUCCGCCUACACGUACAGUUAUGUCACAGUGGGAGAAUUUGUGGCCUUUUUCAUUGGUUGGAAUCUCAUCUUGGAGUAUCUGAUUGGUACAGCUGCGGGGGCCAGUGCACUGAGCAGCAUGUUUGACUCUUUAGCCAAUCACACCAUCAGCCGCUACAUGAUCAACCAUAUUGGAACGAUGAAUGGUCUGGGUAAAGGAGAAGAAUCUUAUCCAGACCUGCUGGCUCUGGUGAUCGCUAUGUCGGUGACGGUCAUUGUGGGUUUAGGGGUGAAAAACUCUGUGAGCCUCAAUAAUGUGCUGAAUGUUAUUAACUUGAUCGUGUGGGUCUUCAUGGUGAUUGCCGGACUGUUUUUCCUUUCUGGAGCCAACUGGGAGGAUGGGAGGUUCCUUCCCUAUGGCUGGUCAGGGGUCAUGCAAGGAGCUGCAACCUGUUUCUACGCCUUUAUUGGCUUUGAUAUUAUCGCCACCACUGGAGAAGAAGCUAAGAGCCCAGACACUUCCAUUCCAUAUGCCAUAACAGCCUCCCUCGUCACCUGUCUCACGGCGUACGUGUCUGUGAGUGUUAUUCUGACGUUGUUGGUGCCAUUUAACCUGAUUGAUGGAGAUGCUCCGCUCAUGGAAAUGUUUGCCGAUCAUGGCUUCCUGGCAGGAAAGUAUAUCGUAGCCAUUGGUGCUGUUGCAGGACUCACCGUCAGCCUGCUGGGAUCUCUGUUCCCGAUGCCCAGAGUCAUCUAUGCCAUGGCGGGAGAUGGUCUGCUCUUCAGGUUCCUGUCCUUUGUGAGUCCCCACACAGAGACCCCCGUGGUGGCCUGUGCUGUAUCGGGGUCUCUGGCUGCUCUUUUGGCUCUCCUGGUGAGUCUGAGAGACCUGAUCGAGAUGAUGUCCAUCGGCACGCUGCUGGCCUACACGCUGGUGUCGGUGUGUGUGCUGCUUCUGCGAUACCAGCCCGAUAAAGACAGCUUCACCAGUUUCCUCACAGAGCAGGAAGAGGAGGAAAGGAAGAGAAAAGAGGAAUUAAUGGCGGCUAGUGAGAAGGACAUGAACUCGCCUUGUGGAGAAGGGUAUGCCGACAACCCAUGUGGGGCCAAGAACCUUCCCUCCAAAGGAGACGACGAAACACUGAUUGAAAAGUCGGAUUCUGGGGGCUACCAGUCGGACAGUUCUGGCUUCGGCGUUGGAGAGAAUGGCAUCGAGGCAGACGACUCCGGUCUCUUGAAACGCGUAUUGGGGUCUCAAUAUUACACCAUGCGGAUGCGUUUGGGCCUGCCGAAUGUGGGCGAUAGGCCCACUCCUGCAACAGGACGUACUGUUACUACCUGCGUUCUCCUUUUCUUCAUCCUGACCUUCUUUCUAUGGAUGCUCGUCAUCUACGGCUUCGACCAGGUUUCAGGAGGAGCCCGCUGGGCAAUAUUGCCUUUCAUUAUGACUAUAAUUAUCCUCAUGGUUAUUUUGGUUGUUAUUAUUCUUCGACAACCUGAGAACCCUAAAAAGCUACCUUACAUGGCGCCCUGUGUGCCCUUUGUGCCCACAGCUGCCAUGCUGGUGAACAUAUACCUCAUGCUCAAACUGUCCACCAUCACCUGGGUGCGCUUUGUGGUGUGGUGCUCACUAGGUGUGCUGAUCUAUUUUAGCUAUGGGAUGUGGAACAGCUCACUGGAACUCAGCGCUAGAGAGGAAGCGGCUCACGCCAGCUCCUACCAGAGGUACGACACAGAGGUUGACGACAGCUUCAAUGUUGAUGAAGACCUCCCUCCUCAGGAGGACGAAGAUGAGGGACAGUACCAAGGCUGGGCAGGUGAGGAGCGUGGCUAUCAGUACCAGCUGCAGGAUGAUGAAGAGAGACCAAAGAACAGAGAUUACAGAAGUAAAGGCAGGACCAAUAAAGGCUUUGAGGAGCUGGUCAAUGAAGAGUAUUCACCGGAGUGAGCAAUAUAGACUGAACCGUUGUCGCAGUUGAGGUUGGAUUUGGGUGACUAUGAUUUUUCCAAAUGGAAUAUGUUCCUGGAUCAUUGAAAUUACUGACAAAAAAGCGGAAAGAGUUUAAAAAAUAAAUAAAAAUAAACAUUAUUACGCAACAAUUACAAAAUCGAAGGGAAAAUGUGCAUGAGCAUUAAUUAAACAAUUUUAAUCAAAACCAACCGUUGAAAAAAUAUGACAAGAAAAGUAAUGCGGACCCCUUUAAAUUUAAAUUAAUAUCAUAGUCACAGACAGUAAAAUGUUGGCCCAGAUCCGGGCCACAUCUGGUACAUGUGGAUUCCACGCCUACCAGAUGUGGCCCGGCCAGAUCUGGGCUAACACUAUGUUGCUGUCUAUGGUGAAUGGAAAAUAUUAUUCUGGAACCAACACUGCUGAUAAAGUGGGCAGGUAGUAAUGCACUCUCAUGGUAAUUGGCUUUAUGCACAGCUCCACUACUUCCUGAACUUCAAUCAGCUCCUUGUUUCCUGU